UUAGUUUUAUGUGCAUAACGUGUGUCCAUCGGAGUCUAGCUAUGGAGGAGAUGAAGCAACGACCACACUUGCUAGCAGUUCCAGUCCCAGCUCAAGGCCACAUAAAUCCUAUGCUUCAAUUGUGUAAGAGGCUCGCAUCCAGUGGAUUUUUCAUCACUUUCUUGGUCUCAUACAAAAGGGAGAAUUUUAUAGCUACAGAGCAACGAGCUACAGGCCAGCACUUGCGAUUUGUCUACUUACCCGAUAAUUUGCUUCCAGGAGUCAUAUCCGCCUCUACGGUUCUGCUCGAGUUUACUGCUAUUCUGGAGAAAAAUCUCAAAUUGGCGGUGCCAGAAAUUAUUCAAGAUGUCAUGGCAGAUCCUUCUCUGCCUCGAGUGUCUUGCAUACUCACCGACGUAGUAAUUACUAGCCUUCAAGACGUCGCUCGCCAGUUCGGGAUUUGCAAGGUGACUCUUUCAACAUUUUCUGCUUCAUGGCUUAGCAUCCAGAAUGGUCUUCCUGUGCUCAAGGAAAAUGGACUCCUGCCGCUAAAAGGCACUUCGAGGAUCAUUGAUUUCGUACCUGGCCUCCCUCCAAUUGCUGGACGGGAUUUUACUUUGCAAAUUCAAGAAGUCCACCCCUUAGAUCCCGACUUCUCUAUCCGGUAUAGCAGGAACCAGAUCAUACAAAAUGACUCAUGGGUGUUUAUAAACUCUUUUCACGAGUUAGAAACAUCUCAGCUUGACCAGCUUGCUAGAGACAAUCCACGGUUCGUUCCAAUCGGUCCAUUGCUCCCGUCAUUUGCAUUCGACGGCCAGGUUGGAGUGGACGAACUCGAGCAGGAGAGGUGUGGUUUUUGGACUGAAGAUAUGGGCUGCCUCGACUGGCUGGACCAGCAGCCAUCCAAAUCAGUCAUCUACGUCUCCUUUGGAAGCGUGGCCAAUGCUUCUCCCGACCAUAUCAAGCAACUCUACUCAGGACUCGUGCAAAGUGAUUAUCCUUUCCUUUGGGUGAUACGAUCAGACAAUGAUGAGCUUCGAAAACUUUUCGAAGAUCCGAGUUAUGACAAAUGCAAGUUUGUUUCCUGGGCUCCUCAACUCAAGGUUCUCAAGCAUCCUUCCGUGGGUGCGUUUCUCACUCAUUGUGGAUGGAAUUCUGUUUUGGAGACGAUCGUUGCUGGAGUCCCCGUGAUUGGAUGGCCUUUCUUGUAUGAGCAGCCACUCAACUGUGCGCUCGCUGUGGAGCAUUGGAAGAUUGGCUCUCGCUUGCCACCGGGUCCAGAUGCCACGCUCGUUGAAAAGGCAGUGAAGGAUAUGAUGGGAGAAGCGGGCCAAAUGUGGAGGGACAAUGUCACGAAGCUUGCCAUCUCCGCGAAAGAUGCAGUCUCUGAUGGAGGUCUUUCACAUCGAAACUUGGAAGCUUUUAAGUGUAAAAUGGCAUAAAACUAAAGGAGUCAGUGAAACACCACAAACUAAGCAUUUCUAAUGAGGAGAAGAGCUAGCUAAGCCCACCAGCGAUGAAACAAAGAAGGAAGAACAGCGGCCCAAUGUAAAAAACAUAUUCUAGGAAUCAAGAGCAUCCGCAUA